AUGGACGACCGAACGUUCAUGGUCCCGAAACAUUCGGGGUACAACGUGCUGCCGAAUACGCCCCUUUUUAGUCGGUUACUCCGGUAUGCGAGUCGGACACCUGCGCGCAUAGCCAUUGACGAUACCCGGUCGAAGUAUCAGCGGACGCAUCUGGAGUUGCUUUCUGAUGUGCUGGCCUUGCGCGAAACGAUCCUAAGCACCCUAGACCCAGGUGCAAUCGAAGCGCUAGAACGAAGAGACGAGCUUUAUAUCGCUAUAGUGGCAGCGGGUGGAUAUGAAUAUACGGUCGCAAUGCUCGCCGUGCUGGCGCUCGGCGCAGCUGCAGUGCCCAUAUCGCCGGCAUUGCCAGUGGAGGAGGCGGCAUACUUCGUUGAGAAAUCACGGGCGCCCCUGGUGCUCGUCAGUUCGUUUGAUCUGGAGAAGUGCUGCAGGCUAGAGAAGCGGAUCUCGGCCUCAUGCAACGAAUCCUUCAAGGGAGUUCCCAUAGGCCCGUGUACCUUUACUCCGCCUUUGGAUCCGAAGGACAUUCUAAUCUCCUCAGAUCGUGCGCUGGAGGAAAACGGUCCCAGUGUGGUCAUCUUCACCUCUGGGACCACGGGACCCCCCAAGGGCGCAGUUAUGCGUAGGUCUUACGUCUUCGACUGUGCCCUGUCUGUAGCGGAUCAUUACCGGCUCACAGAGGACGACGUCAUGCUCCAUGUCCUUCCGGUUCACCAUGCCACGGGCGUUGGCAUCAACUUCUUCCCAUUCCUGAUAUCCGGUAGCCGUAUCGAGUUCCGCAGCGGAGGCUUCGACGAGGUGUGGAUGUGGGAGAGGUGGAAGGAAGGCGCCGUCAACCCUCGGCGGCGUUUAACCUUCUUCUCGGGCGUGCCGACGAUCUUUAUGCGCAUGCGACGUCACUACCAGCGCCAGCUGGCCCAGCUGCGGAGCGGUGAGCUGGCAAAAUAUAUAGCCGGGGCCCGGCAAUUUAGAGCGAUACUGUGUGGUACAUCAGCCCUGCCACAACCACUCAACGACUUCUGGACAAGGCUCAUGCAGAUGAGGAUCAUCCAACGAUAUGGCGCCACGGAGUUCGGCGCCGUGUUCAAAGUCCGCCUAGAUGACAAGAAGACGCCGGAUGGCUCGGUGGGCGAACUGGUGAGCGGUAUCGACAUCAAGUUGUCCGAGGGCGAUGAGGGAGAGAUUCUCGUCAAGAGCCCGCACAUGUUCUCGAAAUAUCUGUUUGACGCAGAGGCUACAGCGAGCUGCCACGACGAGGACGGGUACUUUCGGACGGGCGACGUCGCACGUAGGGAGGGCAGGUACUACUUCAUCGUCGGCCGGAAGUCGCUGGACAUUAUCAAGUCGGGCGGGUACAAGAUAUCGGCGCUGGACAUUGAGCGGGAGCUGUUAGCGCUGCCGUACAUUGCGGAAGCCAUGGUGGUUGGAGUGGCGGACGAAGAGUUCGGGCAGCGCGUCGCCGCCCUGGUCUCGCUACACGACGAAGAGCUCACCGAUGCGUUCCUAGAGACGUACGGGAGCAGCGAGCACAUCCUAACCAUCGAAGAUCUGCGCAAGGACCUUCGUGGUAGACUUGCUGGAUACAAGAUGCCGACCUUGCUCCGGAUCGCGGACGGAGAGCUGCCCAAGACAGCUACCGGCAAAGUGCAGAAGAAAGUGCUUGGUCCCGAGUCCUUCCCGGUCGCCUAUCACGCGUGUCCGGAGGUGCAGCAGUGGGCGACGUCUUCGAGAGGGCUUGCGAAGUUGUAGAUACCUAUAUGGCUGGGGGAGCAGAAGUGGGGAGUUGUUGACAUGUCGACGCGACUGGUGUCUAGCAGGCAUGACCGAGGCGCUUUCCGUAACAGGACUAGUGUACAAAUCAGCCACAAAAAGUC